UUUUGUUAAAAAACGUACGUUUAGGCGAUCAAAGAACAUCUCCUGGAACCAGCCCUUUGUCUAACCUCACCCAAUGAGAAAUUCAACUGGGAAAACCCAGACAUAAUUCAUCAUGAAUCGCUCCUCAAAAGGAUAGAAAAUUUUCUAAUCUACAAUGGAAUGUCUGACUUCAACACUAAUCAACUCAUAGCUCUCCAAUCGUUACUUUACCUGGUCUCUGGGAUUUUGUCUUCCGUCGACAUCGAAUUACCCUCCAUACUACUAGAGGUCAACUCUGAAUUGAAUAUCGGAGCCGGUACUGGGAGUUCUGCUUCUUACCUGGUGAGUGUGUCUGCGGCCUUUAUUCAGUACGUUAAAUUGAAGAGAAAAUCCGGAAAUAUCUCGAAAACUGGUUAUAAACCGAGCUUUCUAGAUAAUGCCUCUUCCAAUUUUAGCAAGAAAGAGUUGGAUAUGAUUUGCAACUGGGCGUAUUGUGCAGAAAAAAUCGUACACGGGACACCGUCUGCCAGUGGAGACAAAAUCCAGGACCAUCAAGCCAUAAACCUAAACCAAUGCUACGAGCAACUUGGCGAACUCUUCUCAAUGAACCACAAUCUGCUGAGUGCUUUGGGUACCUCUCACAUUAAACUCGAUGAAGCUGUAACCAUUCUAAAUCAGCAAGGCCUACACGGAAAAUUGACCGGUGCCGGAGGAGGAGGUUAUGCCAUCGCUCUAAUACCGCCUGGUUUCGACGAGAUCGCCCUAGAUAGAGCGAUAAAAGCUCUCGUCUACAACGGGUUCGGUGUGAUCUCUACUGAACUGGGAGGAGAGGGCGUCAGAGUGGAAUCUAUUUCUUAGAAUGGCGUUGACGUUUUGCCGUUUUAUGAGGUUUGCCGCGGUAUAGUAUAUUUGUUUUGAAUAACCACACUACAGAUUUUCAUCCAGCUCGAAGGACCACAUUACAGAUUUUCAUCGGCACUAGGCACCUUAGAUAUAUUUCAAACCGGAUACAAAUUUAUGGAAAAACUA